AAGUACACACCGGACAGAUUAUUCAAAUUUUAGGACUGCCUAAACAUUGUGUUGCAGUUACGGUUAUUCUGUCCGUACCACACUUUCUAUUCUCACGGGAAUUAAAUUUUAAACUCGAUGCUCACUACAUAUUCUAGAAAAUUGUGUUUUUAUUCACUUUAGCUUGGAGAAUUGAACUUAUUUGAUAUGUUCACCUCAGGCAAAGGGUUUAUAUAUGGCAUUGCGCUCAUAUAUUUCGAUCGUGAAUGACACUAGACUGAGGUUUUCUUCAUUUACUCCUCUGACCAGUGAUUGUAGAAUACUUUUAUACCGCCACUGUUUUGUCCGUUGAACCAAAACUAUAUUUUGGAUUAGCUGAACACAACUCUUGAACGGACCGUAAGAGCGACUUCCGGUUAGCAACCAAUCAGUGACGCCGUCUUUAUGGUUUCCACAGUAACCGUUGCCUUUCCUUCUGCUAAUUAACUAGCUGCUUAAAACUUGUGUAAGACGAUUUUGCAAUUGUUGUUAUAAUUUCUGAAUAGUGACUUCCUAGCGCAACCAGCAAUAUUUUAAAUAAUUAUUUUACGGGUUUGCGAGCUAAGCUAUCUUAGUCGACGACAGAAAGCGUAGUUACGUUAGCGUUAGCUGGCUAAUCAAGCAAAGAAGAGCCACUAAGUGCAUCAAAUCACACUUUUCCAAGAUGAGCGAACAGUUGAAAUUCAUCGUCGAACAGCUGAACAGGGAACCAUUCAAGAAGAACUUCAAUCUCAUCACGUUUGACUCACUUGAACCGAUGCAGCUGUUGCAGAUUUUGAACGAUGUUCUGGCUGAAAUCGACCCAAAGCAAGCCAUAGACAUCCGUGAAGAAAUGCCUGAACAGACUGUGAAGAGAAUAUGUGCUCUGUUGGGGAUGCUGAAAUACAAACCUCCUGGUAACCUCUCUGAUGUAAGCAGCUUCAGACAGGGUCUGGUGACUGGCAGCAAACCUGUGAUUCACCCAAUCCUCCACUGGCUGCUGCAGAGAGUCCCUGAGCUGAAGAAGAGGACUUACUUGGCUCGUUUUCUUGUUAAGCUCGAGGUGCCUGCAGAUUUUCUGCAGGAUGAUAUCAUCAAUGACACUUAUCACCAGUAUGAAGAGCUGGUGGAAGGAUUUAAGACUUAUCAUAAGGAGUGUGAGCAGCUGAGGACUUCAGGCUUCUCCACAGCAGAAAUAAGAAGGGACAUUAGUGCCAUGGAGGAAGAGAAAGACCAGCUCAUCAAACGUGUGGAGAGGCUGAAGAAGAGGGUGGAGUCGGUGUCUAACCAUCAGCGGAUGCUGGAGCAGGCCAGGCAGCUGCGGGUGGAGAAGGAGAGGGAGGAGGCGCUGACUCAACAGAAGCAAGAGCAAAAGAAUCAGCUGUUUCAGGCUGAGCAGAGGCUGCUGAGAUCAGAGCAGCAGUUGAAGGAUUUGCGACAAGCUGCAGCAGAUGCUAAUCCAGAGAGCUUAAUGAAGCGACUCGAAGAGGAGAUCAAGAUCAACUCCUACAUGGUCUCUGAGAAGCUUCCCAAGGAGCUGGAGGGCAUGAGGCGUACCGUGCAGUUCCUGCAGAAGGUGGCAUCAGAGCCUGCGAUGGGCCAGGCUGAUCUCCAGGAGCUGGAGGACAAGAUUAAAGAAGCAGAUUCUCAGAUAAACCAGCUGAUUGAGAAGAGGAUGAUGAGAUAUGACCCCAUGGAUGACAAACUCUCCCUUUACAGACAACAGGCCUCCAUCAUCGCUCGAAGGAAGGAGUCAAAGGCAGAGGAGCUUCAGGAAGCAAGGGAGGAGCUGGCUGCGGCAGAGAGGGAGCUGAGGCAGAGGACAAACCAGACACAAGGCUCAGAUGGGGAAGAGGUCAUUCGUGGUGAUGAGAUGAAACGAUUAGUGGCGAAACUCCGCAGCAAGGGAACAGUAUACAAGAAGAAACGCCAGGAAAUCGCUGAGCUGAAAGCAGAUUAUGGAGUCGUGCAGCGCACAGAGGAGAUUCUCAAGCAGAGACAUGAUGCUGUCCAGCAGAAACUGCAAGCCGUGGAGGCUGAGAAGGGUAUCUCUGGCUACAGUGAUACUCAGGAAGAGCUGGAGAGGGUUUCUGCCAUCAAGAGUGAGCUAGAUGAGAAGAAGGGCCGCACUCUGGAUGACAUGUCUGAAAUGGUGAAGAAGCUAAACUCAAUGAUAGUGGAGAAGAAGUCUGCGCUAGCACCAAUUAUUAAAGAACUGAGGUCACUGAGACAGCAGAGUCAGGAGUUAGGCCAAGAGUAUGAAGAAAAGAAGGCACAGUAUGAAAGCUGUGCUGCUGGUUUGGAGAGCAACAGAUCAAAACUGGAGCAGGAGGUGAAAGCACUGAGGGAUGAGAUGGCACAGAAGGAAAACCGAUACCAUCAUAUCAACACCAUGUCGCAGCAGAUCCUUGAGAUGCAAAUACAGAGGGCAGCUGAGGAGAUGAAGGCCUACGUGUCUCCUGAUCCGCAAGAGAAGAAGAAAGCCAUGAGGGAAGUGUACAUGAAGAAUAUUUCCGAACAGGAGUUACUUGGCAAGAAGUUGCGAGAGGAACAGAAGACGGUGAGGGAGAGCCACAGCGCCAACAUGGAGCAGGUGAAGAUGUGGCGUGACCUAGAGCAGCUGAUGGAGUGCAAGAGGCAGUGCUUUAUAAGGGCAAAGAACCGGGAGUCUAUCGGUCAGAUCAUCCAGGAGGGAGGGGAGGACAGGCUGGUGCUGUGAGGAGUCAUCUAGGAAUGAUGGGCUGUGAUUCCACUGAGUUCAGCUUAACAGAGUUUCUGUCAUCGUUCUGUCACAGGCUUAAUUUUCCUCAUAUAUCUCUUCUCUUUAUACCCAGCUGUUGUUUCAGUUGGAACUUUAGAACCAGACCACUAACCUAAAGAGGUGGCAUGGUUUAAGAUGCUUUUGAAUCUCCAACUUAAAGAACACGUGCAGCGGCACAGGGGUUUUCACUUUCUGUGGCCCACAGGAGACUCCUUUCAAUCAGAGUGUCCAAAGAUAACAGGAUACAAAGUGGUGCUCUUGGGAUGUGGCCACAGUCAACUAUUAUUGGCACUGCCAACCAUGACCUUGAGCAUGGGUUGAGAUUCCAGUUUUGGAAUUCACUGGGAGCCCCCACUGCAUUGAAACAGUCAGAAUAUUCUGCUUGUGGAAUACUGUAAUGGAUCCUUUUUUUCAAUAUGGUUGUUCAUAUUU